AUGGCUGACGACGAGGAGCGCGUCAAGGCUGAGAAGCUGGCCGCCGCGAAGAAAAGAGUGACUCCAGAAACAAAAGAAAAAGCCAACAAGAAGACCCCCGCUGCUGUCUCUGAUACACCAAAAGAUGACGCCGAGGCGUCCAAGGAACCUGAGCCGGCCGACGAGGCUGCUGCGCCUGCAGCCGAUGUGCCAUCCCAGGCAGAAGGCCCCGCGGAGGAGGAGAAGAAGCCACAGGAGGAGCCCGCCGCAGACACCGCAGACACCGCAGACACCGUAAACACAGAAGCAAUCGCAGAGGAACCGGAGGAACAAGAACAACCCCCCAAGCCCGAUGAAUCAACCGACUCCCUCAGUGAACCAAUGCCUCCCGCGCCCAUUUCCCCGGACCCGGAGGUAGAACCGCAACCCGCACGGCUUGAUGCGCCGCGCUCCGGCCAUGGGCGGCAGCCGUCGCUGUCGAUCCAGUCGAAGAUUCGAUCGUCGUCGUUCCGCAGGGCCUCCGUGUCGCAGGGCAGUGUAUCUCCGUCGCCGUCGUCGACGCUCAAAUCGCCCGGACAGGCCCUCCCGCCUUUGACUGGCGACGGGGACUCGGUACAUGAGGUAUUCCGCAAGCAAUCGACGCGCAUUGAGGACCUCGAGAAGGAGAACAAGCGGCUGGAGAAGGAGCUGUCGGAGGCUAGUACCCGCUGGCGCAAGACGGAGGACCAGCUGGAGGAUCUGCGCGAGGCUAGUGUGGAUGGUGCUGAGUUGCGGGAGAGGUUGAAGACGGCUGAGGAAAAGGCUGCAAGCAUUGAUACAUUGGUAUGGCCUUUUUAUGAUGAUAUGUGUCUACUCGGGUAUAUUCAGAGUGAAGCGCUGACAUCUAUCUUGUUUAACGAACAGAAAGAGGAGAUUGCUUCUCUACAGCGCCAGAACUCACAGCUCCAGACACGAUCACAUCGGAAUAAUGCCAGCGUCUCUGGAGCCGGGACGCCAGAAUCGCCGCCAGCUGACCUGGUCCGCCAGCUGGAAUCCAAGUCGGCCACAAUCGAGGCCAUGGAACUGGAAAUCUCCAACCUGCGGGCCCAGGUCACCUCGCAGUCCUCCUCCAACAACGCCCACGAGACCCAGCUCGCCGCACUGGAGGACAAAGUCUCGCAGGGCCAGACCGCGUUGGAGCGAUCCCAGCGCGAACUUGCAGACACAAAGCAAGCACUCACGCGGGCGUCCGAAAAGGCAGUCAAGGAGGGCGUCGACAAGACGUCAACAGAAACGCUAAUCAAGACGCUCGAGCGGGAGAUCGAAGAGCUGAAAACCUCCAAAACAGACGCAGACAAGAAAAUCGACACGUUAGACAAGAAGCUGCAAGCCCUGGGCAACCUCCACAAAGAAUCCGAGACCCGGCACCAGGCCCGGCUGCGCGAGAGCGAAACCUCCGAGAAGGAAACGGCCGUGCUACGGAAGAAGCUUGCUAGCAUUGAGAACGAGAACCUGCGGCUACGCGAGGAGCGCGAUCGCAUCCGCAAGCGGGAUGCAGGCGGUGCCGACGACGAUGCCCUCGACGAGCUCGAGGACGAAGAGCGCCAGCGCCUUGAGCGCCGGAUCCGCGAGUUGGAGGGCGAGGUGUUCGAUCUGCGCCGCGGCGUGUGGGAAGAGAAACGCCACGAACUGACCGGUGGUGUCUAUCCAGAGGACGGUCCCGAGUCUGCUGGUGCCGAUGCCGCCGCCGCCAAUGCGUUUGAUGAUGUCGAUCUGGUCGGCGGCCGGCCCGACCACGCCCGCCGCCGCAGCAUGGCUCUUCAGCAGCACCAGCAACAACACUCGUCCUUCUCGACGGUCUUGUCUAGCGGCUUUGCGGCCUUCACGGGAACCGGAAACCGCUCUCGUGCAUCCUCGUCCAACCCGCCCCAUCCGCCUGCUGCCCGCGGCAGUCUGGAGCUCCUCUCUGAAGAGAAUCUCGAGGAUGAGUUCGACGAAGCUGAGUUCGCUCGUGCACAGGCUGAGGAGGAGGCGCGCAAGCGCGUCGAGUGGGUCCGCGAGAUCAAGCGCAAGCUGCGUGACUGGAAUGGCUGGCGUCUGGAUCUGGUGGAUAGUCGUGCUGGAGCUGAAGGUGCCGGCGUGGGCAUGGGGGAGAUUUUUGAGGUUUGA